ACCACAUUGUGCAGAGGAGACGGUGACAGUGGAGGUCGUAGAAGUCGGCUCCUGGGGAGUUAUCCUGUAGACAUGGCAGUGAUCCCAGAUGAUUCUCCUGCCCACGAGAAAACAACUCCUGUAGACAGCAAUUUGAUUGCCUAUGGCACACCUAUCGAGGAGGAGGGAUUUUCCAUAGACAAAACAAGCAAAAAGUUCCAUCAACCUUGCAAGAUUGACCAGGAUUCGGAAGAGAAGUCUCCAACUCCAGAAACUGCCACAGAAUCACCCAUUCCUCUACCGGCUCAAAAAAUGGAGAAGAAGAAAAGGCAGAGGAAACGUAAAAGAAAGAAGAUAAAGGCAGUGGUAGUCAUCAAGGGGCGACGUACUAAACCUGGUAUUUUGUCUGGAAAAUACCGCCUGAAGUUGCCUAAAACAUUUACUGGAAAUUGCCUUCCCCUUAUUGCCCUCUGCUUGUUUUGCCAGUGCCAUCUGGUUCACUCUGGAUUCCAGUGUGCAAAUUCUGUUCGAGUAUUAGAUUUUCCGGUAACCCUCAGCAAUAAUGAUCAGAACUUUUCCUUUGAAGAGCCCACAUUCUGUCCAGAAAGAGUUUUUAUAUUUGGGUCCUGCUUGGCUGGUUUUAGAGGUUCAUCUCUGGAAAUUAAUUGCACCAAUGCUAUGGAUAUUCAGGUCAAAUAUGGAAAAGGAAAUUUGGAUGGCCCCCUCGUCCCAAUUAUUUGUAAAGUAAGUAAAACAUCCGUGGAGGAUAAAAAUGAAGAUGUUGAUGACGAGAUCUGUGGCAGUGUUCCAGUAACAGAUUUUCCAAUCGUUAUUAAACAAUAUGACCAGAUCAAAACUUUUCAGGAACAUGAAGCUAUAUUUUGCCCACAGAGAGUGGGCAUACUGAAGAGCUGCUCUGCUUGCUUCGAGAACAAGUCAUUGCUCGAAAUUUCCUGCAGAAAAAACGGGGAUGAAGAAAACAGACAAUUGUUUGUUGAGCAUGGGAAAGGACAAGGCAUAACUGACUAUGUGGAACUGAAUUCUAAAGAGUGUAAAAAAAACAAGACUGGUGUGAGGGAAAGACAAAGUGACCGGUCCGAUGCUAAGGCUUCUGCAGAAAAAAGUGAAGGUAGUGAAGGAAUAUCACGAAUAGACGGGGGUCUACUUGUAAUAUGUAUAAUGGCUCUUCCUGCCAUUUUGGGAUUUUUGUGACCCAUGUGGAGGAUUCUCAACAUAUUUUGAAGGGAUCUUCACCAGAUCCACAUUUUGGCUUUGGUCAGCUCUACAAUGUCCUUACUGUACUAAAUUGUCCCUAUGCAAAUCUUAUAUUUUGUUUAAAACCUAUAUUUUUUUUUAACUCUUGUCUCCUUGUUUAGAUUUUGCAAACUAUUCUACUGUAUUGUAGGUCCCCUAUUUAACCCCUUCCUGACAUCUGCCAUACAUCUAUAGCAGAUGUCAGGUUUUUUAAGAUGGCGCCCACUCUGGAGUGGAGUGAGCGCCAUAGCUGCCGACACCCAGAGCUAAUGUCUGCAAUUGGCGGUAAAGCCAUUCGUGGACAUUUAGCUGCUCAAGGUAAAGGUAAAAAAAAAACUGAAUCAUGCAAUUUCGGGGCAGGAACGUCUUCCCCUGGCUGAGAUUGGGAAAGGCGUUCCAUAAUUUUUUUCCCCCAUUUCACCCUACUUGGAAUUUCCUUCAGCUUCCCAUAACAUCCUAUCUAUUAUUAAAUGGUGGCAUUAGAGAGAACAACUUUUCCUGCAAAAAAACAAGCCCUCCUAAGGUGAAUGGAAAAAUAAAAUAGUUAUGGCUUUGGGAACCACAAAAAUGUAAAGUCACCAUGUCUGGAAGGGGUUAAAGAGAUAUUCACUCUGCUGCAGAAGACACUGCCUCUGUAAGCUGAAAAACUGGUUUUAGGUUCUUUCUUUUAAACUGUAGGAAUAAUGAAAUUGCUGUCUUCCAUAUGUACAAAUCUCCAAAAACAGGGGUAAAAGAUGUAGGAAUAAGUCAAGUUGUAUAGUUGCCGACAGAAAUGAAGGAAGUUGUUUGAAUAAAGUUGGAAAUUAAAGAAUAAAAGAAGGACUUGGGUAUUCUGGUUACAAUCAAGCUAGGCAACAGUACUCAAUGUCAUACAGCAGUUGCAAAGCAAAAAAGAUUACAGAGUAAAAAGAGAUACAAAUGUGUGAUCCCAACAUAAGCACAGAGGGGCCUAAUAGAAAAGAUGGGCUUGGUCUUAGGAGGCCAUACGCUGUCACCCAGGGCAGAUGGUCCUGGUAUAUGUUUAGCAGCUCAUGCUCUCUUGAUAAACCUUGGGUUAUCUCUGCACCUUUUCCUGGAGAGAGGAUGUUCUGGCCACACAAUAGUAAAGGGAAUGAGACCAGCCAGGAAAAGGCCCCCUCUCUUCAAGGGCCCAAUAAAAACUGCAUGAGCUGGACUUUACUUAUUAUCAGUUAACACUCUCAGUUUGGCCAAAAAGGAGCGAUAUAUCUAUGGAGCAAGUGGUAUCAGAAGUGACAAACUACCCGUACCUCUGCUCAUCUUGGGGGAAACAAAGUGUCUGAUUCUGGCUACCCCUGACAAGAUCAAUUUAGGACAUUCAAGUAGACACUACAUUAUUGGCAGAUUCCAUGAAACUAGGUUAGGCUUACACCAUAAAAAGACAGAAUUAGACAACUCUGAGGUUUUAGUUAAGCUUUUUCAUGUGGUUUGUGGAAAGCCACAUGUGGUCCUGUAAAUAUUAACAAAUCUUUUAAUUCUGGCACAUGUUUUAUGAAUACAUUCAGAGACACGUGUAGAACCUGGUAUAAGGCCAGUUGUACACUGGCAGAUAGCCUGGCUCUGAUUAACAUGUUUUGGCUGCUGCACUAAUUGUAUGUGUAUUUAAGUUCUCUCGUCGUUUUAAUAAAUCUGUAUUUAAGUCAUUAAGAUCUCAUUAGAGAUCUAAUUUGGCAGGUCAAUCUAGUCAAUCUACAAGAAAGUAACAAUCAGGGUGAUUGGACAGUUCCAUUUACAUUUUCUUAUGUUGUGGUAUCUCAGAUUAGUUGGAUGGACCUCUUCGGCCCCUUGGGACAACAAGCAUUGAUCAAAAUACUGUAUAUUACAUUUGUUGGAAUCUAGGGAAGAGAAAAGGAGUUCUUUUCCGCCAAUACAAAUGAUCCAUAAAAUGUGUCAGGUGUUCAUAAAUAUGCUCAGGUCAGAAAGAUUUUGCAGUUAGGAGGAAUCAAUUACCGGGAGAGUGUUCUAAGAUGAUGGGAUUCGAUAAGUGGGAAAAACUAGGUUUGAAGAUGUUAUGCUGAGAAACAAUUCAAGUUCUUUGACCAGUUAAAUAAUUAAAAAAAUAUUUUUUCCAGCAUUUACAGUUAAGAUUGACAAGUUCUAACCAAGGGCUUAAGUUAAACCCAGCUUUUAUAGAGGUGGUAGUAAUCUUAAAGGGGUUACCCAUAAGCAAUGUUAGAAAACAAAAUCAAGACAUCAUAAAGAUACAUGGGAUUCUCUUUCUAACAAAGCUAGAAGUAGCCCUGUGCCUCACAUGGAUCUAGAGAUCCUGAUGGUGGUAGUUGGAGGACAGAACUGAGCAUGUGUGUCCACCUCAGUGAUGUUACUGAGGUGAACGGAGAAAUAAGGAAAAUAAGUAACAGUAGGUAGGGCCAAACAGAUACAUUUUAUGAAAUACAUUUUUAAUAUGUUCAUACAAAAGUAUUCAUAUCCAGGUGUUGGUUUGAAAUGUCCAGUAGAUUUUUUAUAGGACAACACCUUCCAACCAAUCCAAGUUCAAUCCAACCAAAUUGAUUAUUUAAAUAAAAAAAAAUGGGUUCAAAGUUUUGCAAUAAUGAAGAUACAACAUUAGACAUUCUUUUUAUUCUAUUUUCUCUUCUUCUGCCAUCUGGGGAAUCAGGUUGGGGUGUGGAUGGGGAAAGCUUAUUAAGUAAUCAUGUAUAAUAUAGUGUGUUUUGUCUUACAAUAGAAUUUGAAAAUGAAUAAAAGACAAUAAGAAAACAUUGUAACAAACUGCAGCCUUGUGAGGCACAAUGGACUUUUUAGCUUUUGAUUUUAAACAUUGCUUCCGUUCACUGACAGCAAGCUGAGCUUUAAUUUAUCUGAUAAAAGUUAGCAUUUUAUAUGUAUGAUGAUUUAGUAUAUAUCAAAAUGUUGAUUAAAAUUGGAUUUCUAUAUGA